GAUGUAGCCGCACGGUGCAUCCUGGUUGAGGGCGGCGGAGCGGCUGACUCGUGCCCCGUGGGGCCUCCGUCGCUCGAAACCCUGCAUCGUCCGGCGGUCAGUGGCCGAGCGGAGAGGACGCUGGCCGGGAAGGGAGCGCCCACCAAGCCAGAGCCGCAGUAGGAAGUUAGCUCCCCCGCUCCCACCCCAGGCUUCCCGACUUGCCCCCAAGGCUGGAAACCCAGUCUGUAUCUUUCCUUGGAAAUGCCCUUGUAAAGAUUUAUAAGAACAAAAAGGAAAAGGAGGAUGGACUCAGGCAAGUUCUGGAGGAGAUGAAAGCUUUAUAUGAACAAAACCAGUCUGAUGUGAAUGAAGCGAAGUCAGGUGGACGAAGUGAUUUGAUACCAACCAUCAAAUUUCGACACUGUUCUUUGCUAAGAAAUCGACGCUGCACUAUAGCAUACUUGUAUGACCGAUUGCUUCGGAUUAGAGCACUCAGGUGGGAAUAUGGCAGUGUUCUGCCAAAUGUUUUACGAUUUCACAUGUCUGCUGAAGAAGUGGAAUGGUUCAAUCAUUAUAAAAAGUCUCUUGCUACUUAUAUGAGGUCAUUGGGAGGAGAUGAAGGUUUAGAUAUUACACAGGAUAUGAAACCUCCCAAAAGUUUAUAUAUUGAAGUGCGAUGUCUAAAGGACUAUGGAGAAUUUGAAGUUGAUGAUGGUACUUCAGUCCUAUUAAAAAAAAAUAGCCAGCACUUUCUACCUCGAUGGAAGUGUGAGCCGCUGAUUAGACAAGGUGUUCUGGAGCACGUCCUGUGGUGACCUUCUGUGGUACGAGGCUGUACCCAGGCACAAAACUUACACACUUUCUUCUCCCUUCCCUUCUGCCCACCCAUCUCUGGUUUUAAAGGUUACAGACACUCUUUAAUAUAACCAGGAAUACUCAGCUGAGAAUGGUUUGUUUUUCUAUUGUAUAGGAUUCUUUUUUGUAAUCUGCAUCUAUAAUUAUAACAUUCCUACAGUUACAA